CUUCUCCUUUGUAUGGCUAGGGCAACAAUCAAUUCAUCCCCAAUCAAUUUUAGACAAACCCUAGAAACCACCAUGGAAGGAAGCGGCAGUAGUACAGCUGAAGCAUAUUCGGAGGCAAGUCCUAGCCACAAAAAAAACCAUGAUGAUCAGGAUCAUGUUGAUGAUGACAACAACAGGAAGCAGCCAAAGGACAGAUCAAGCUCAAGCAACAUCAGCAUAGAAGAGAAUAAGAAGAAGGCGGCUUCUGGAUCUGUAAGGCAGUAUGUUCGCUCCAAGAAUCCCAGGCUGCGUUGGACACCUGAUCUCCAUCUUUGCUUCGUUCAUGCUGUGGAAAGGCUAGGAGGCCAAGAAAGAGCAACGCCUAAGUUGGUUCUUGAAUUGAUGAACAUUAAAGGCCUUAGCAUCGCUCAUGUCAAGAGCCAUCUUCAGAUGUAUAGGAGCAAGAAGAUCGAGGACCCUGAUCAAGUUAAUGUAUCGGGUCAAGGGAUUUUGUUUCAUGGUGGAGAUCAUCGUCUCUAUAACCUCAGCCAACUUCCUGUGCUACGAAACUUCAAUCAGAAUCACACUUCUAGUUUAAGUACUACUCUUUCGAACCUAAUUUAUAGGCCUUGCAAUGGUGGAGUUGCUUCCAUGGAAGCUGCUGGAUAUGGAUCUUAUUGCUCCACAGCAGGGAGAAUCUCAUCCAGAUAUGGUUUCUGUUUGCGUAAUCCUUUCAAUGGACAAGGCCAAGAAGAGUUGAGAUCAUCACCUCAAAGCCAAAUCGAGCCAGGCUCAAUGGACUCCAUUCUCAUUAACCAACGGCAAAGUGCAGAGAAAAUCUCUCUUUCGCUGGAGCAAAGGGCAGUGAAAAGAAAGGCUCCCGACGCCGCGGAUCGGGUCGACAUUGAUCUAAACCUUUCUCUGAAAAUGGCACUUAAAAAGGAGGAGUUUGAGAAGGCUUUGGAGGAGGAAGAAGUUAACAAUAAUGGUGGAUUAUGUCUUUCUUUGUUCUCAUCUUCAGCCACAAAGAGAAAGAAGUUAGAAGAAAGAGAUGGUCCUAGAAAGCGUGGAAGACCAGCAGCAGCAGGAGGGAGUCUAGAUCUGACUUUGUGAAUGAAGACAAUUUCAAGUGAGAUUCUGAGGUACGGUACUUAGGUAGAAAAGAGAAAAUGUGCACAGACCUUUGUCAUCUACCAGUUUACAAGGUAAGGGCCAGGACGCCUACACCUAGUCUUUUUUUUUCUUUUUUCUUUUUUUUUUUGGUUAAAAGAUUAAUUUGUACGCACAAGUAGUUACCUUCAACUGUGGAAUAUCUAGAAAAAGAAGAUGGACAUUGGG